GGGAAAAAUUAAACGAUUUUUUUACUUAAAAUAACUAAAUUAAUAUUUUACUGAUAGUACUCAAAUGUAGAAAAAUAUAAGUCUAAACAUUGUUUUUACAUGGACACAAGAGGAAGUGCUCAAUAAUAGAGAAUAAAUAGCGGCCAACAUAUUUUAUGAAGUAAAGGUGACAACAUAAAAACAAAUGCAUGCUCAAUAAUGCAAGACGUAAGCAUCAUAUUCGACGGUGGCAUCGCCAGUUUUGAUAUCAAACCAGUAAGUCCUGGCCUCAACGUAGCCGCGAGCGAACCGGAAGAGCCCACUGCCGCCGACGAUGGGCAUCUCCCGUACCGUAUUGAACACCGGGUUCCGGCCGACCACAGUGAGGGUGCUGCCGUUAUACUUGCCUUCGAUGAAAGCCAGAUUCAUGACCAUCAAGAGCCCAAGAUCUGUCUGUCCCGCGGAAGCAUAAAACCCCUGCGCUCUUCCCACGCACUUGGAGCUCAGAUUCGGCCCGACGGUUAGCGGAUUGUCGAUUAUGUUUGUCCCCCCGAAGCCCGUGUUCGACAAAGAGCUAUUCGCCGCGGGAAUGAUUUCGAUCGACGUUGGCUUCGUCCCGCUAAGGACGUCGUGCCAAUACCAGCGGAAACGACUGGUUUUUUCGCUCUUCAGUCCAAGAGAUUCCCGGUCUAUCUGCUCUCCGAAGAUUUGUUCUUCUCCGGUAGCCGGGAAAGCAAGCAGGAAGAAGAUGAACAAGGGAAGGGAGAUGCUGAAAAUGGGAUGAUUACUUGCCAUUAUUAAAGAGCUUAAUUAGAUUUGGAUUACUGGUGGG